AGGCUAUUGAUCUGCUUCCUGAUAAUUCGCUGGUGGGACUCAUUACGUUUGGCACUUUUGUUCACGUUCACGAAUUGGGGUUCGGUCAGAUUCCAAAGACAUUUGUGUUUAAGGGCUCCAAGGAUGUGUCCAAGGAGCAGCUUCUGGAGCAGAUGAGCUUCUUUCUCAAGAAGCCUAAGCCACCUACAGGUGUCAUUGCUGGUGCUAGAGAUGGACUUUCGACGGAGAGUAUUGCCCGCUUUCUGCUGUCUAAGUCUGAGUGCGAGUUUGCUCUUAAUUCAGUUUUGGAGGAGCUACAGAAAGAUCCUUGGGCUGUUCCAGCGGACCAGCGAUCCCCGAGGUGCACUGGAACUGCCCUGAGCAUUGCAGCCAGCUUGCUUGGCGCUUGUGUUCCUGGGACAGGAGCAAGAAUCUUAGCAUUUGUUGGUGGCCCGUCGACUGAAGGACCGGGUGCCAUUGUUUCUAAAAAUUUAACUGAACCAAUUCGGUCUCAUAAGGACUUGGAUAAAGAUUCUGCACCUCAUUAUCAUAAAGCUGUGAAGUUCUUUGAGGCACUCUCAAAGCAGCUAGUUCAUCAGGGACAUGUACUUGAUCUAUUCGCUUGUGCUCUUGACCAGGUAGGUGUUGCCGAACUUAAAGUGGCAGUUGAAAAGACUGGAGGGCUUGUUGUGCUUGCAGAAAGUUUCGGCCACUCAGUUUUUAAGGAUUCACUUAAACGUGUUUUUUCUGGUGACUAUGAUCUUGGCCUAUCAUCAAAUGGUAUAUUUGAGAUCAAUUGCUCAAAGGAUAUCAAAGUUCAGGGAGUUAUAGGUCCCUGUGCGUCUCUUGAAAAGAAAGGUCCUUUGUGCUCAGACACUGUCAUUGGUCAAGGAAAUACAAGUGCAUGGAAAAUGUGUGGUCUUGAUAAAGCAACAACUUUAAGUCUCAUAUUUGAAAUUGUUAAAAAGGAGAGCUCAGAUGCUACUGUUCAAUCUGCCAGCAAUCAAUUUUACUUUCAAUUUUUGACAUAUUAUCAGAACAACAGUGGUCAAAUGAGACUCCGUGUUACAACCCUUUCUAGAAGAUGGGUUGCUGGACCUGGAAGCAUACAGGACUUGAUUGCGGGGUUUGACCAAGAAGCUGCUGCUGCAGUUAUGGCACGUCUAGUUUCCUUCAAGAUGGAAAAUGAGGCAGAGUUUGAUCCUAUAAGAUGGUUGGAUAAAUCAUUGAUUCAUCUUUGUUCCCGUUUUGGAGAUUACCAAAAGGAUACUCCAUCUUCCUUCAGCUUAUCUCCACGUUUUUCAAUAUUCCCUCAGUUUAUCUUUCAUUUACGACGAUCUCAGUUUGUGCAGGUCUUUAAUAACAGUCCUGAUGAGACUGCAUACUUCAGAAUGAUCCUGAACCGUGAGAAUGUUGCUAAUUCUGUUGUAAUGAUCCAACCGUCAUUGAUUUCUUACACAUUUCAUUCAGUCCCAGAACCAGUUCUUCUUGAUGUAGCUGCCAUUGCAGCUGAUAGAAUUCUGCUAUUGGAUGCCUAUUUCACUGUUGUUAUCUUCCAUGGUGCAACUAUUGCUCAGUGGAGAAAAGCUGGGUAUCAUAAUCAGCCUGAACAUCAGGCGUUUGCUCUGUUGCUGCAAGCUCCACGUGACGAUGCAGAUGCAACAAUUAAGGAAAGAUUCCCAGUACCACGUUUGGUGAUCUGUGAUCAGCAUGGCUCGCAGGCACGUUUUCUUCUUGCAAAGCUGAAUCCAUCAGCCACCUAUAACACUGAAUCUCCCCUUCCAGGUGGAGAUAUCAUCUUCACCGACGACGUCAGCUUCGAAGUCUUCUUGGAUCAUCUACAGAGACUAACCGUUCAAUAAAAGAACACAGGUGGGAUUUCUGCAGUUUUGUAACAUUGCCUUCUAGUUUGUAUAGUAAUCUUUUCCACUUAUUUUAAGCAUAUUGCAUUAGCUCCCUGCCCUAUGGGAAAACUUAGAUGCUUUUCACCCUUUGAUGUUCUUAAAUUUAUGAACUUUAGGGUACGUUUAGGGUAGUGUUCUCAUCAAAUUUGAUUUCUCUUCUUCAUAAUUCAUUGCAUGGUAUUGUUAUCAAGCAAUCAUAGGAAGGUAUCCUGAGUUCUGUAAUUUUGUUGAAUAGGAAAUUUUACUAAUAAAAUAGACUUUUUGGGUCCGCUUGGCAA